GCCGAUUUCAAAGCGCCGCGCACAACUAAGCCUCUGCGGCGGCGUUGGAGCUGAGGAGACCCUCGCUGGAGCGCUUAUCCAGUCGUGUUGUACCUCGCCGCGCGAGAUCCGGCAUCCGCUGGGGCGCGCAUCAAAACCGCAGCCCUAACAGCGGCGAAGAGUCGGGCCUAUCGCGCAGCGCACGCUCGAAACGUGGAUAUCCACGCGGCCGUGCGAGCUGCGACGGCACCAGCAUCAAUAGCGACGGCGCGACGUUUCAUCCGUAGCGCUCAUCCGCGACUGACGAUCCGCCGCUGCUCAUCCGUAGCGCUCAUAGCGCGAGGGCGACAAAGGGCGGCUGACAAAGACGCAAGAUGGCGCCCGAGCCCGUCUGGCAGCAAUUACAAAAAAAAACUUUCACAAGAUACAUCAACGGCAAGCUCGCGUCGAAAGGACUCCAAAUCAAUGAUCUGUAUGAGGACGUGAAGGACGGCAAAAUUUUGUACCAUUUCCUCGAAGCCCUGACAGGAGCAUCAUUAAAGAAGUACGGCCGCUUGAACAACGGCCGCAUGAAGAUCCAGCGGGUCGCGAACAUGAACGUUGUAUUUGCUUUCUUGCCGGACGCGGAUGUCAAAAUAUCAAACAUUGGCGUGCUAGAUAUUGUGGACGGGAAACCGAAGAGCGUUCUAGGAUUGGUUUGGAGUAUUAUCGCCUUUUAUCUGGUGCGAGAUAUCGGUGGCGGCGGGGAGCGCGACGUCGCCGCGGUCAAAAGGAGAGUCCUGAGGUGGGCUAGGAGACGGUGCGGUCGACGAGCUCCCAUCAGUGAUCUGACGAAGUCGUUCAAAGACGGGAAGGCCUUCCUAGCGAUCUUGAACGAUGUGGAUGCGUCAGGAUCGCCCUACGAGCCUUCACAAAAUCCGGUCGAGAAUUUCGAACGCGCUUUUUCAGAUGCGGAGCAGAAAUAUGGCCUGCCGAGGAUGCUGGACACGUCGGAAGACUGCUGGCGCGACGAGAUAAGCAUGCUUACUUACUUAGCGUCGAUGAUGGAAACUUUGCCAGAACGCGUCGAGCAGCCCGACACUGGUACUUCUACAGACGCGUGGCUCGACGCUCGGUCAGAUGAGAUUGGGGAACGGUUGGCGACCUUAUGUGCGUGUGCGUCCACACCCUCUGAUAAUGCGGGCAGAAGCGCAGCGACGGCCAUUUUGAAAGCAGCAGCAUCACGCGCGGGUUUGACGGAGACGGCCCUCGGCUCGAGUCGCGUCUUCUCAUCUACCAUAGACGCGACGAAGCCGACUUUGUUAUAUCACGCCUCGACACACGUCGAAAAGCCUCAUAAUGCCGCGUGGCGCGACGUCGUCGAUGCUGCGCCCUUUUCCGAUAUUGUCAAGGACGGCCGCGUCACUGCUGCCGGUAGUAGAGCCAAGGGCUCUUGCCUAGCUCCAUUUUUAGCGUGCGAAGCUUGUCAAGAGAGGUCGCUGAACGUCAUUGUCGUCAUCGGCUCUGGUGACGAUGAAAAGAGCGCGGUCGACGUGCGAGCAUUAAAGGUGGAGGCCGAUUAUGCGCUUGUUAGUGAUUCGUCGUUGACAUGCGCGCCGCCUGGUAUGGCUACUCUUGUCUUCGGGUGCCGCGGCGACGCGCGUCUAUGUGUCAAGAAGGACGAUGGCGAUGAGCUGGCGUCGUCGAUCGCGUGUGUGGAUGUGAGUGGCCUCCCGUCGUUGACGGGUGUGGCGCAGCGGUCGCCGCACGGCGUCGACGCUACGAAGUCAUCCUUCGUCGUCGAGCAGCUCGCUACGUCACAAGAUGGCGCUACGGCUUCAAUACGAGUGCUGACGCCGCCGGCGUAUGACGGCGACGUUAACCUGUCCAGUCUGGGCACUGUCACGGGCUCAUUAAAGCCGGGCUACCUCACCGAACCGAACCAAUCUUUUGCUGACGCCGUCGAGCGCGCCCAGUGCAAGGCGUACGGUGCGGAGGAGCACGCUCGUGUAUUGUCCGCUUCUUAUUCACCAAUCGCCUGCGCUCUAUCAGAAACGUUAUCAGACUGCGCCGUCUUCCAGAGUGGCCGGGCGCCGGCCUACGUCGAUCGCAGUGGACGGCCGGGCGAGAGCGUGGCCGUGAAUGACGUCAUCGGCGAGGCCAAGGUUUUGGCAAGACUCAUGCGGUGCGCUUCCUCGGACCUCGCGCCGCCGGCGCCUUCACCAAGGCCGUUCGCGAAAGUUAUCGACGAGCCGAAGACGCCGACGAGCCCGCACUUCGACGGGAGGCAGAUCGGGUCACCGAGGCAGCGCCGGAAGCUUCCCGCUGGUAGGGUCUGGCCGCCGCCGUCGCCGUCGUCGACGCGACCAUCCGCGCCUCCGAGGAGCCCCUCGUCGGCGGCGAAGCCCAAGCCGGCCGACGACGCGCCCAUUGAGCCGACUUAUCAAACUUACAAGGGGCCGCCUUCACCAAAUCUCCAGGCCGUCGCCGCGCGCCUGGAAAAGUCCGACUCGGAGCGCGGCGACACGCCGCCGCCGCCCUCGCGCGGCCACGGGCCGGCGUCGCCGCCCGCGUCGCCGGGGCCGUCCGCGCCGCCGUCGCCGUCGCCACCCAAGGCGCCGCGCCCGGCGCUGUCGGCGCCGGCCGCGCCGCUCGCGGCGCCGGCCGCGGAGGCGCCGGCGCCCGCGCCGGCGCCCGCGCCGCCCGUGGCGCACCGCGGUGCCUUCGCCGGCUGGUUCGCGCCGCGGCCCGCGGCGUCGCCGCCGCGGCCGCGCGCGGACUCGCCCGCGUCGCUCGACGACGUCCCGUCGGCCGAGCCCACGCCCAGGGCCGCGGCGCCCGCGUUCUUCGCGGCGGCGCCGGCGGUCGAGCCUGCGGCCGAGCCUCCCUCGGAGCCGACGCCCGAGCCGGCGCCGGCGCCGACCGCGCCCGCCGCGCCGUCGCCCGGCCUCGACGCGCCGACGCGCGCGACGGCCGAGCGCCCGGAGGCGCCGGCGCCGGCCCCCGUCGACGACGCGCCGGCGCCGGAGCCGAGCGCCGACGCGAUGGCGGCCUUCCUGGCCGCGGCGGCGCCGGCCGUGCCGCCGCCGCGCGCGAGCCGCACGACCAAGGUCCUCUUCACGCCCGCGGUACCAGACAAAGAGGACGCCGCGCCCGAGGAGUCCCACCCCCCGGCCCAGGCGCCGCCCGCGCCGCCCGCGCGCACGCCGCUCGCCGAGAUCGUCGGCCGCGACUCGCACGACUCGGCGCCGGGCGACCCGGGCCUUCCCAUGAAGAUGGUGUCGCGCGAGUCGACGCCGCGCGCGGCGUCGCCGGUUCCAGAGAAGGAAGACAGCGACGCCGAGUCGUGGGAGACGGGCAGCACGCACCACGACGACGCGCGCUCGACGGCGUCCGACGAGUCCUGGGCCACGGAGGCCGACGACGCGCCGGCGGCGAGGCCGCGGACGAAGCAAGCGAAGCGCCGCCACGUCUGCCCGACGACGCUGCCGCCGCCGCGGCCGUCUCCAGUCAAAAAGUCGCCGGCGAAGGCGACGUCGCCCGGAACGUGCCGGGCGACGCGGCCCAUCGUCGCGCCCUCGAAACCGGCGCCGCUGCCACCCGCAUCGGCCAGCAAGCCGCGCGCUCCCACGUGCCCCACGACGAAACACCCGCCGCGCGCGUCGCCCGCGAAGCCGCGGGCCUUCAGCCCCGCGAAGCCGCGCCUGCCGCCGUCUUCGCCGCCGGCGCCGCCGUCGCCGCCGCCGCGGUCGCCGCCCGCGUCGCCGACGGAGUCCUUCUUCCAGGGCGACCCGUCGCGCGACUCGCCGGGCCGCGACGAGCCGAUUCCCGAGCUCGCGACGCCCGCCGAAGUCAUCGACGAGAUCAACCGGGUCAGGCGGGACCCGGCGGCCUACGCGGCCUUCCUCCGGUCGCACGUCGCGCCGCGCUACCGGUUAGAUGGUUCGUAUUGGCCGCGCGAGGCCGGCGCGCGGCCGCACCGGACGCACGACGGGCUCGCGGCCUGUUGCUUGCUGUGUCCUUUUUUUUUGAGGUGACUUCCCGGCCGAGCAACUUCCGACCCAUAGCCCACGGCCCAGCCCCUGGCGGACCCUACGGCCGAGCCGACCGCCGAGCCGACCGCCGAGCCGACGAGUACGCCGCCGCCACACGGACGCCGUCGACGCGCGCGUCGCAGGCGAGGAGGCCAUCGCCGAGCUCGACGCGCUAGGAGCGGAUUGUUUGCCCCCUCUAAAAGCGCACGUCGGCAUGACGCGCGCGGCGGAGGACCACGUCGAAGACCUCGUAAGAACGAAGAGACUGGGCCACACGGGGUCCGAUGGCAGCGCGCCGGCGCAGCGCCUGAAUAGACAUGGGAGGUGGUUCGAGCGCGCGUCGGAGUGCCUGUCGCACGGGCGGCGGACGGCCGUGGCCGCCGUCGCGCAGAUGAUCAUCGACGACGGCGUCGCGUCGCGCGCGCAGCGGCGCGGGCUCCUGUCGGACCGCGCGCGGGCGGUGGGCUGCGCCCUGCGGAUGCACCCGCGGCACGGGGCGGUCUGCUGCGUGACGCUCGCGGGCGGCUACGGCCCGCCUCCCCUCAAAGAGGCGCGGAAGGUCGUGGCCGACGCGGUUAAUUUACCAGACGACUUCGAGGAGGUGCUGUUUUCCGUGCCCGUCGUGGACAUCCACGACCGUGUUUAUCAAGCGCUCGAGCGCGGCGGCAAGGUCGUUUUGGAUUAUGCGCCCGGCGCGCUGAAACUUUCCGUCUGGGACGCGGCCGGGAAGGGCGAGAAGUUCGCCGUGGACUGGGACCCGGGGCUCUGGGAGGUCUAGUUCAUUUGAGGGCUGCCCAAGUUAUAAGCUUUCGUGUACU